AUGGUGUUUUGUUUGCGAGAAAGCGUUUGGUCAAGGAAAGAGAACAGGGAGAAGUGGCAGAGCUGGGUGCCGAUCAAGACCGCCUGCUUUGAGGGCUUUGGCUUGAUCGAUGCGCAAGGCGGCUUCGUCGACAAUCGCACGCUGGCCACAGAGUGCGGCCUGUGCCCCGCUGGGAGGGCCUCGGAGGAAUUGGUGGACCUCACUGGCAGGACCUUCCGGUGUGCCCAAUGCCCGCCGGGCUAUUACCAGUCCAACACCUACUCCACCAGCUGCGAGCCAUGCUCAAAGGGCACCUAUAGCAACUCCUACGGCAACGUGCAAUGCCAGUAUUGCGACCAGGGCUUCUAUCAAGAGCAGCAGGCGCAGACCUCAUGCACGAAGUGUCCAGCAAGCAGGACCACGCAGCUCUUGGGGGCAACAAGCCUCACGUCCUGCGUUUGUACGGAGAGCCACAUUGACGACGGCGGUGUUUGCGCCGUGUGCGGCGAGGGGCUUUCUUGCCCUUUGGGCAGCACCCUAUCGCUGCUCAAGAGCGUGAAUGGCACCAACGCGCAGCUCCCACACGUGCUGAGCGGCUACCGCAGUGUGACCUGUGGGGAUUGCCCGGCGGACCACUACUGGGCCAGCAACGAGUGCACGCGCUGCGGCGCCGUGAUGUGGGCUUGGAUCCUGGCGUUGCUCAUGCUGAUCGGGGGCAUCUUCAGCUCAUACUACCUGCUCACCUCCUCAUACACCGCAAAGGCCUCCGUGAUGGCAUGCACCACUGCCAGCUUGGGCAUGAUGCUUGCCUUGUUCCAGAACUUGGGGGUCUUGAGCACGGUGGAUGUUCGCUGGCCAGGCGAAAUUGCGAACCUGCUCGCGUUUGCUUCCAUCUUCACGUUCAACUUGGAUGCCCUCGGGUUCGGUUGUCUCUCCCAUGGCAACGUUUAUCGCUACACGAGCACCGCACUGUUCUUCCUGGUAGUGGUCCUGGCUCUACCCAUCACCGGCGCCCUCACACGCCUGCUGUGGAUCAUGAAGAAGCACGGCUUGGCCUGGGAGAAGUUCAAGACUUACAGCACAACAGGCCAAUUCUUGCAAGUGAGCUUCACCACCAUGGCGAAUGUGGGCUUAAUGCCCUUCAUGUGCUACAAGCAUCCCACUGGACAAGAGAGCGUCCUGAAGUACACCGAGGUUCUCUGUGGAUCCGGCGAGCACUUGGUCAUGAAGAUCGUCGGCAGUAUGGUUAUGUCGCUCGCGGGGGUCUUCUUCUCGGUGUGCUGCUAUGCGGCCUGGGUGGCACCGAGUUUGUCUGGGAGACCGUCCAUUGCCACCAUCCGAUUCCUGGUCUUCCGCUUCAGGCCCGAUGUGUGGUGGUUUGGCGUGAUCUUGCUGGGAAGGGGGCCCUUGCUGUCCCUGCCAGCUGUUGUGGCAACCGACACCCCGGCCCUGCACUUGGUUCUCAUGCUUGGCAUCCUGUUGACAUCAUUGGUUCUGCAGGUGUGGUUUCUGCCAUGGAAGUCGCCCAUCCUGAACCUCGUGGACGCAGCGACGGUUUCUUUGAUGGUGAUGCUCUUGGCAACCUCCUUGGGACUGGUAAAUACCGCCGGAGACGUGGCACUUCUACAAACCUGUGCGACCGUCGCAUCAUGCACCAUGAUCGGCAUUCUGGCGCUCAUGCUUUGCUUGUCCGCGGUCGCGCUGGUGCAGCGCCACGCUCUGGGCAGCCAGCAAGAAAUGUGGCUUCUGAACCUGGGUCGCUUGCCGGAUGCCAACGAAGUCUUUUCGAACCUGACAGACAUCGGGGAGUCUCUGAGUGAGGCCUCGUCUUCGAACAGGGCGAAGGAGAUGGUAUCGAGACUCGAGAAGCUUUCGGUCUAUGACGUGAAUGUGGUCUUGCGCGCAAUGGAUGUCCUAGCUGACGACCUGGAAAUGGAGAUGUCUCGUGCCUUUGCGUACAGCUCCCGCAUCUCCAUGGCCAUUCGGAGCUGCCGGUCCGGUGACUCCGCGAAGAGUUCGACCGGGAGGUGA